AUAUACUACUUGAAUCGAAGUCAAGUCAUUAGUAAUUCUCCGACGUUUCAUGAGAAGGUUUUUAGUAGGUGACCAUGAGCGACUCCAAGGUUUUCCCGCCCGUUUUCUCUUUCUCAAACUCUCCAACACCUUCAUAUUCACCAGGAAAUGAGAGAUUCACAUUUUCUGGGGACUUCAAUAACCGAAGCUCCGAACGUCAACGACACAAUAACUUCCGAUAUCAAAGGCGGUCAUCUGGCCACAAUAAAUCGGCACCGUCUUCAUCUUCUUCUUUUCAAUUUCGUCCGAUCUUUGCUGAUAAUGGAGCAGCAGAAAAAGCAAAAGAGAAAGAGAGCUCCAAAGAGACAACACAUGAAAAUGGGAUUCCUGAAAAUGGUAAAACUAAAUUCACAGUUUUAUCAGCAUUGACAGGGACAAUUCCUUGUAAUUUUGAAGGAUCUAGCUAUUCCUCCCAACCCCUUGAACGAAGCUGCUUUGCUACAGAGCAACCAAUCAAGACAGAAAGAGACGAGAAAUCUGUUCCAAACCUAUCUGCAUCACACUCACAGAUCAUAGUAUCUCGUCUUCUGAAGAACAUACCUCAGAGUCCACAUUUCUGGCCCUUAAGAGCUUAUUCAGAGGCAGCAAAACGAAGCUUGAUCAAUGCGUGGGAUCGAAUAUUCGAAGAAACAGUUGAUCAAAUACAAAGUGUUCAAGUUAAUGGCUUCGGCAUUGAUGUCAAGAGGCUGUGGGAGACAACAGAAGAACUACAAAUGAUGGGUUAUAAUGUAGUACCAUUAAGAAGAAGAUUGGUUGAGCUCACAGAUGUAAGGAAACAAAUAAACCAACAUAGGUUUCGAAAAAUGAGAUUGAAGACCAAGGCUGAGCAACAUAUGAUGGAGAAAAACAAGUUGGAAUUUGAAAUUGUGAAGCUCAAAGCUAAGGUUGAGGCAGAGAAGGCGAGUUUCGAAGAUGUCAUGGCUAAAGUGGCUAAGAUGAAUGAUGAGAUGCCAAGCUUCAAUGCUUUGUUCAGUAAGCUAGCCAUCAAGCCGCUUUGAUUUCACUGCAGGAUUUUGUUCUAUGAUACAUUUUGAGGUAUUUGAGCAAGCGAGGCCUUGCUUCAAUUUAAAAGUGCACAUGUUAGCUAAGGAGUAUUUAAAGUAUCUUAAAUUUAGUUAGGAUGUCCUUCGUUUUGGAGUAGUAAGAACAUGUUGGAUUAAUUUGAACUGCUUGGUAAGGCUGAAUGUGGCUAAAUAUAUAUCACAAGACCUUUUCUGAUAA